CGGGCCGGGGCCGGAGGGGGGGAACCCAGAGCCGCUGCUCUCCGUUGCCCGGGGGGGGGGGAAGCCUUUGGUCGACGGACCCCGGACUUCCGUUGCUGUGGAGAAACCGUUUCAACAAUGGCCUGGAAAUCACCAGUUCUGUUUGGUACUGGGGAUCGAGUCGUAGAAAUGGAGGAUGUAGAAGAAGAGAAUUUUGUGAUAUCUGUUUCAUCUGAUGUUGAUGCUGAGUUUGAUACAGUUAUUGGAAACAUAGAAGAUAUAAUUAUGGGUGAUGAAUUUCAGCAGUUACAGAGGCAUUUUAUGGACAAGUAUUAUUUAGAGUUUGAGAAUACUGAAGAAAACAAGCUCAUUUACACUCCAAUCUUCCAAGAAUAUAUUGAGUUGCUAGAGAAGUACAUUGAGCAGCAGUUAAUGGAGAGAUUGCCAGGCUUUAACAUGACUGCGUUUACCACAUCACUGGAGCAACAUAAGGACGAGAUCUCUGGAGAGAUAUUUGACAUGUUGCUGACGUUCACAGAUUUCCUGGCUUUCAAAGAAAUGUUUCUUGACUACAGGGCAGAAAAAGAAGGGCGUGGACUUGAUUUUGGUGCAGAUCUGGUCGUGACGUCUUUGUCGAAAUCAUCUUCGUUGCCUGGUCAAAGAGCUCCUAGCAACAUUCAUUAAUGUAAUGUCCUGUGUAUCUUGACACUAUUAUCUUCAAAGAGUUGCACACAUGAUGAUGCUUCAUUUAUGGAAAGUUACANUUUUUUCUGACGAGUCCAAAGGAAAUAAAUAAAUCCACCUAUUACAGAUACACAGUAAAAUGUCAAUACAAUAAUUCACUACGAGGGUGAUAUUAAGCCAGA